CGUUUGUGGAUCUCGUGCAGCAAAAUGGUGGCGGUCAGCUUGAGCCCCAUCAGCGCAGGCCAGUGCGCCAGGCCUCAGGCCGCAGCGAGGCUGUGUGGGCUGCAGCGCAUUGCGGGCAAGGCGAUCGCGGUGCAUCAAGCCAAGCGGGCUCCCGUGGUGGCAGCUGCUUCCGCUAGCCGGUUUGUGGUGCGGGCGCAGGCAGCUGGCAAGAACGGCUCCCCCAGCUCCGCCCCCGCCGGCGGCGAGCAGUAUGACUACGACCUCAUCGUCAUUGGCUGCGGCGUGGGCGGCCACGGCGCCGCCCUGCACGCCGUCGACUGCGGCCUCAAGGUGGCGGUGAUCGAGGGGCACGACAUUGGCGGCACCUGCGUCAACCGAGGCUGCGUGCCCUCCAAGGCCCUGCUGGCCGCCUCCAACGAGGUGCGCAAGCUGCGCAACGACCACCACCAGAAGACGCUGGGCAUCCAGCUCAACGGCGUGGCCACCUUUGACCGCCAGGCCAUCGCCGACCACGCCACCAACCUGGCCUCCACGGUCCAGGGCAACCUGCAGCGCAGCCUGGAGAGCCUGGGAGUGACCAUCCUCAAGGGCCAGGCCAAGCUGACCGGGCCGCACACCGUCAGCUACGGCCUGCCCGGCCGCGUGGACGUGGGCGGCUCUGCAACCGCCAAGGACAUCAUCAUUGCCACCGGCUCUGUGCCCUUUGUGCCGGGUGGCAUCGAGGUGGACGGCAAGACUGUGUUCACCUCGGACCACGCCCUCAAGAUGGAGUGGCUGCCCAACUGGAUCGCCAUCAUCGGCAGCGGGUACAUCGGCCUGGAGUUCUCAGAUGUGUACACCGCGCUGGGCUGCGAGGUGACGUUUGUUGAGGCACUGCCCAACAUGAUGCCCGGGUUUGACCGCGAGAUUGCCAAGCUGGCGCAGCGCCUGCUCAUCAACGGCCGCCCCAUCGACUUCCACACCAACGUCAUCGCAUCCAAGGUCACCCCAGGCGUGCCUGGCGUGAAGCCGGUCAAGAUUGAGCUGACCGACUUCAGCACCAAGGAGGUGGUGGAUGAGCUGGAGGUGGAUGCGUGUCUGGUGGCCACCGGACGCGCCCCCUACACCAACGGCCUCAACCUGGCCUCGGUCAACGUGCAGACCGACCGCCGCGGCUUUGUGCCCGUGAACGACAAAAUGCAGGUGGUGGACACCAGCGGCAAGGCGGUGCCCAACCUGUACUGCAUCGGCGACGCCAACGGCAAGUACAUGCUGGCACACGCGGCCAGCGCGCAGGGCAUCGCCGCAGUGGAGUGCAUGUGCGGGCGGGACCGCGUGGUCAACCACAUGGCGGUGCCUGCCGCCUGCUUCACGCACCCCGAGGUCAGCUUUGUGGGCAUGACCGAGGACGCGGCUCGCGAGAAGGCGGAGAAGGAGGGCUGGGCGGACAAGCUGGGUGUGUCCAAGACAUACUACAAGGCCAACAGCAAGAGCCUGGCUGAGCUGGAGAGCGACGGCAUGGCCAAGAUGAUGUACCGCAAGGACACCGGGGAGAUCCUGGGGGUGCACAUGAUUGGCCUGCACUCUGCCGACAACAUCCACGAGUUCUCCAAUGCCAUGAACAUGGGCCAGACGCUGGGCGACCUCAAGUUCAACGUGCACGCACACCCAACCGUGGCAGAGGUGAACGAGGAGCUGAUCAGGCACGCGCAGCUGGACAAGACCGCGGCCGCCAAGCCCGCAGCAGCCUCCAAGCAGCCCGUGGCGGCCUAA